AUGCUUCGAAAAAAGAAAUCUCCAGAGAUCUCGACUGAAGAAAGGAGUACAUGGCAUGAUAAACAAUUUAGAGUGUCUUCACUUAAAAGAACUAUCUUCUUUAACCCUUAUAAAGAUUCCUAUCAAAAGGUAAAGGUCAUCAAGCCCACAAAUUCCUUCACACCUCCUUCAUACCUCACUAAAGAAAACUGGGAUAUUCCUGCACCCCCGAAUGGUAUGAAGUUUAACUUAUGGCCAAGUGCAAUUUAUCCAGCUGAGGUUGAUUUAGACAUUGAAGACCUAAAGAAAAGAUUCUUUCAGAAGAAAUCAAUCCAAGUUUUCCCUGUAUGGUUAAAGUUCAAGAUUGCUUUAAUCAACAAAAUUGACAUAUGGAAAUUUAGAAAAAUGCCAUAUGCAUUCUUUCAAGGAAGAAGGACAUACAACUCUGAGUUCAUGUUUUAUGAAGCUGAUUUCCUAAGAAUAAACCAAGCUGAUAUCAGAUCACUAAUCAUUUGGUUGAAACAAAGGGUGAGUACAGAUAAAACUUAUGCAGAUGUUCUACAACGCCUAAGGCAAUAUGUGCUCGACAUGGUUAUUAAUUUCAAUGUUGACUGGGAGAUUGGACAGCUAGGAGAAAAGGAAGCUGAGGAACCAAAUGUGAAUCUAAAUAUGGAGAAUGAAUCGCCUGGGAACAUUCUAAAUAAACCACAUAGAGGUGUUGUAUUCUCUUCUAAAGGUCGAUUAAAAUUCAUGAGAAUCUCCCAAAAACAUUUAUUCUCUUCUGAAUUCAUUGAAGGCAUCAUCAGUUUAUUGAAGAGAACAGGAGAUCAAGAAGAAUCGCUGAGAGUGAAGAUCGUUGAAGAACUUACAUGGUUUUUGAGUUUCCGACAAUGGUUAAUAAACUUGAGAAACAAAGUUUAG